CCAUUGAUUAUCCAUACACAGUCCCAUCUCCCUGCAGGUCAGCAAAUCAGCGCCGAAUCGAUCUCGCCUCCCCAUCGCUCUUGCCUUUCUGGUUUGUUUUAUUAUUUCCCUUUAUUUUCAGAUUUCAGAUCCAUUCGUUUGUCGAGCCUAAUCUGCUCACAGGUACCAGGAUAAUUCUGUUGGGGCAGUCUUUUCUGUGCGGUUUGUGCAAGAGCGAUAUCUAAUUUAGGGUAGAUUUUGUUUUAUCAUUUUUAUCCUUUAUGCGCAUAUUUGAAUUUGUAUCUUUCACUGCUUAAGGUGCAAGAACAACGUUAUCUCUUGACGUGAGUGACUCAGAGACAGGUGCAAAGGGAAUGGAGCAACCGGAAUCCGUAGUUUCUGGCCAACACGUUGGUGUAGAAAGCAACGGUAUGAAGAGAAGCUGCAAUGAUACCGCAGAAAGCAGCAAUGAGAAGAGACAAUUAAUCUCGGGUAGCGUCUUAAAUAGUAAGGAAGAGACACGCCAAUUCAUAGAGAAGCUGAAGAAGGUGGAUGUUCAUAUGUAUGUGUUCCGGAGGGAGAAGUUCAAGUGCCCCCCAGUACAUGAUAGGCUGACACGCUCAUUACAGAGCAGCUUUGACAAGACUGAGAAAAUGGGGAAUCCAAUUGAGGGGAUAGACUUGGGAAGUGUGAAGCAUUUUAGCUAUGAUAAGGUGAUUGAUAUCAUUGGCGGUUUUUCAGAGAAAAACUAUGUAAAAGACGUCUUAUUUGCCUGACUAUACAGAGGAAAGAUUGAUGAACGGUCAGGCCCUCAGGAUGUCAUUGUUAAAAAAUGGAAUUUCUACUUUCCGCUUGAUUGCUGGAUUGAGGGAAAUCCAACUUAUUUUGCUUGGCUCCUUGAAUUUAUGCUCGACCCGCAUUUCUCGUCACAUCCUAAUAUAGCGAAGUUGAUCGGGUUCUCAUGUGACAAGACAUUUGCUCUUGUUUAUGAUGUGAACCUAAAACAUACUCUAUGGGAUCUCAUUCCUCUUCCUCGGAUGAAAGUGGCAAAGCAAGUUGUUGAAACCCUACAGUUCUUUCACCAACGAAGAAUAGCAUUUUGCACCUUUGCUGCGCCCAACAUUAGUGUUGAUGAGGAUUACAACAUAAAAUUGUUCGAGUUUGGUCGUUCUGUGAUGGUUGCAAAUGAGGAUAGAAUUUGCAUAGGAGCAUACAAUUAUUUUUCCACGGAAGCUCUUUAUAUGGUGAAUGAAAGAAAGUGGUGUUUCACGACUGAUGUAGUAAAGAUCCUAUGGCGCGGCCAAAUAUGGAUGAAUUACUCAAGGAAUUUACAGAGUUCUUGGCCCAAUUCAAUGAAACAAAGAAUUAAAGGACUUGUAGUUUAAUAACUGAAGUGUCGUAUGGUAUACUUUCACUUUGUGUCCUUUGCGUGCUUCUGCAGAACUAGAUGUUGAUGUUUCUUCAAAGUUCAAACCAGGGUAUGCUAUAUGGUUAUAUUAAUUAUUAAACUAGACUAGAUGAUGUUGAAGUUUGUUGCUUUCGCAUUAUGUCAUAUUAUAUUAAUCUGGAAUUCUGGAUGUUGAUGUUCUCUUUUGUAUACGUUUCAGAUUCAUUGUCAAAAGAAUAGUGGAUGAUUGCUAAAUUUUAUCAAUAUUGGAUAUAUUUGCAAUGGCUUUGUAUAAUCUGUUAAAAAAUUGAAGGAUGGAGUUGGACAUGUUUAA